GAAUGGUACAACCUUCUUUCACAUCUAUAUAUAACAGCUUCAAGAUCACAUACCAAGAAAAAGAAAACCAUUCUUCCAUACCCUUCAAAAGAGCACUGAAAUAUCAUGAUGGAGCCCAGCAAAGAGGUUGAUGCACCGGCAGCUACCUCGCCGCAGCCACAAUCCAAGAGGACAAGGUCCAACAAUGGCAAAGGCAAAUCCAUUGCUGAGGAUGCUCAACCUUUGGCACCCGCAGUUUCAACAAAAGCCACCCCACUCCAAAGAGGUGGAUGGAAAAAGGGUGUUGCAAUCCUAGACUUCAUCCUGAGGCUUGGCGCUAUUGGGGCCGCUUUUGGCGCUGCUAUCCUUAUGGGGAACAAUGAACAGGUUCUUCCAUUCUUCACUCAGUUCUUUCAGUUCCAUGCUCAAUGGGAUGAUUUUCCUAUGUUCCGGUUUUUUGUGGUAGCAAAUGCAGCAGUGGCUGGAUUUCUCAUACUCUCCCUGCCAUUCUCGAUUGUCUGCAUUGUUAGGCCUCUUGCAGCAGGGCCAAGGCUUCUCCUAUUGAUCAUCGAUACAGUUAUGAUGGCCUUUGUGAUAGCAGCUGCUUCAGCUGCUGCUGCUGUUGUAUACUUAGCUCACAACGGCAGCCAAGACGCCAACUGGAUGGCUGUUUGUCAGCAGUUCACGGACUUUUGCCAGGUUACCAGCGAGGCGGUGGUUGUUUCUUUUGUCGCGGCGGUUUUCUUGUCUUUCUUGAUUUUUGUGUCCUCUUUGGCUCUCAAAAGAGGUGGUUGAAACUUGAAAAAGAGAUGGAGAUGGUUGUGAUUGUUACAUGUUACUCCUAACUAUUGUUAACUUCUCUGUCUUGUGUGUAAAAUCAUGUUCAAACUUCUUGUGA